ACUUUUGCAAUUAUGGAGUGUUGAAUAAAACAGAGAUGAUUUGCCCCAUUCUAGGGGGGCAAAUUACAUUUAGCUUGUGCUAGCCUGAAUAAAGAAAGGAGAGAGUUUGAUGAAAAGGGAUGCUACAUUUGUUGACAGUUUCAACCGUUCUUCAGUGAUAGUGUAAUAAACUCACAAAUUAUCUUAAGAAUUCUAUUUUAGGCAGUUUUACAUUCAGAAUUGUAUUGGACUGGGUUGUAAGUAAAGAUCUUGUUAAGGAUUGAAAUGUUAAAAAGUUAAGUACAAAAUGCCUGCAAGAAUUAUGGAAUGUGGGCCUAAGUGCCGGUCAAGGAGACAUGCCUAUGAACAGAAUGCUGCUAUCAGUAAAGGUAAUCUGUUGGAAAUCCAGAGGUAUUCCAGCUUGUGCUAUAAUGGAGCGCAGUUAUCAGAUAUGCAUGGACGGACAGCACUGCACGUGGCUGCCUCGUGCGGCAAGGUGGAUGUGGUGGAGUGGCUAAUGGAAGCCAUGCAUGGGGAUGUAACAAAGAAAGAUCAGGAAAGUGGGUGGACAGCUCUACAUAGGGCUAUAUUUUAUGGCCAACUUGCCACAGCACGACUACUUAUACAGUACAAGAGUGAUUUGUAUACCAGAGACCAUGAAGGUCUUGGACCUUUGGAUAUAGCAAUGAAAGACCGGGCAUUGGUCGACAAUGUUUCAGCACCAGUGUAUGAGACAACAUUUAGACAUGAAGUAUUUACAUGGGGAGAUAACUCCAAUUUUACUCUUGGUCACAGUAUAGAGCAGGGAAAAAAUGCCCCAGAAGUGGUAGAUGAAUUCCGCAAAAGACAUAUUGGUAUUAAACAGAUAGUAAUGUGUAAGUACCAUACAGUGUUUCUGACAACUGAAGGAUGUGUGUAUACCUGUGGCCAUGGGCUUGGCGGACGUCUUGGCCAUGCCUCUGAGGAAACAUGUCUGGUACCAAAACAAGUUGAUGGUUUGAAAACAGAAGAAUGUACAGAGAUAGCUGCAGCUAGAGAUCAUACUCUGUUUCUCUGCCAGAGUGGUACAGUCUACAGUAGUGGAACAAAUACGUGUCACCAGUUAGGUCAACAUCCAACACCAGAUAUUUGUCUUGUUCCUAAGCCUGUCAACUGUAAAACGAUUAAAGGUCGAAACAUUAUUGGUAUCUGUGCGGGCCGUUUCCACUCUGUACUGUAUACAUCGAGUGCUGUCUUCACUUGUGGCCUUAAUGCUGGCCAGCUGGGUCAUGCAAAGCCUAAAGGUGACAGGAAGAUCAGUCAGUUACGUCAGGUAUCCUGGUUGAACAUGAAGGAGGUAAUGAUUGUGUCUGUCAAAUGUUCUGAUGCUGCUACUGUUGUACUGACGGCUGAUGGAGAAAUCUACGUCCUACAUGAGUACCAGUGCAGAAAAAUGGCUUCGAAUCGUGCAGAUAUCCAGCGUUUAUGUGUUGUCGGGGGCAACUUGGAUCAUACUGACUCACAGAUACUGAGAGAGAAUGGAGGUAGACAGCUGGUCAUCAGUUAUCUCAAUACAUCUGGAAAGGUAUUUAUCUGGCAUGAGAAGAGCCCCAGUCUGAAGAGAGCUCAUUGGUUGAUCAGAAGACAGUUGUAUGUGAGAGAUUUUAUCCUGUCAGAGAACAGUUUAGCUAUUGUGACAGACCUUGGUGAGGUGUUUAUAUGUCCAAUGUCUAACAGACCCACACCAGUCAGAGAAAUGUCAAAUACUUCCAAAGAAUUGACUGAGGGAGAGUUUGGUCGAAUGUCUCUGAUGGAAUUAUUGAUGCAAGAAGAGACCGAAGAGCUUCAGGUGAGGAAAGUGCCGAACGUUCACCGUGCCAUGUAUAUUACAGCAGAUAAGAAGGGAAGGGACUUUGCCACAUUGCAGACCUUGCCUAAUUACUGGUUGACAGACGUACCAGCGAUAAGUGAGCCAGAGAUGACCGAUUGUUUCAGCAAGCUUCUAGAUGAAGUAGAUGAAUAUGAUCUGAUACAUGAUCUGAUACUGCAGGUGCAUGAGCAGAGAUGGCCAGUACAUAAAUAUAUUCUUGUUAACCGAUGUGCCAACUUUCCUAGUCUUCUAGCAAACAAGUCUCAAACUCUGAAUGAAAUGGACAUUCCUGUUAUUGAAAUUAAUGACCUUCACCCCCAGAUAUUAGAACAGUUACUGUUAUUUGUAUACACUGAUACAUGUGAUCUGUUAACACCUGGUGCUAAAUUUGUGUUAACUGAAGAGACAGCGAAGCAUGAGGAGAUAUUUCACUUGGAUUUAGAUGAUCUGAAUGAAGAUUCCGAUGUUACAACAGGAAAUAAGAAACUGUCAGCAUUUCAUGUAGUUCAGCAGGGAAAAAAGAAGAAAAAACAUGCAGAGAAAGAGAAUCAGGAACAAAAUCACGGAAUAGAGAGAAAUCCAAUCAAGCUUUUGCUUGAUGUAGCUAAGAAGUGGGGCGUUAAAGGGCUGGCAAAAAGACUUGGAUGUGUGAGUUACAAGAAAGGUCAGAUUUGCUCAGCUGGGAAAACAAUGCCAAAAACAUCUCUCAAAUUUGACAGGAAUAAACUAAGAGAUACAAAGUGGGACUUGUAUGAUGUCAGUAUAAAGUCUGAGGAUGGUGUCAUGUUUCAGUGUCACAAAUGUAUCCUGGUAGCAAGACUGGAGUACUUCCACAGUAUGUUGGCUUCAGGAUGGAUGGAGACAUCUUCAAGUACAGCACUGUCCCUACCAGUACCAGGAGAUAUAUUGGAAAUCCUUCUUGACUAUCUAUAUACUGAUGACUCACAAAUUGUAGAUACCACUCAGAAUGUUGAGUUACUGUGUAACAUCCUAGUGGUAGCUGACCAGAUGUUGGUGGUCAGGCUCAAAGAAAUGUGUGAAGCUGCUAUAGCUGCCCUAUUGACAUUAAAGAAUGUUGGAGAGUUGUUGGAGUUUUCUACCAUGUAUAAUGCUGAUCAACUUGAGUCAACAUGUAAACAGUAUAUUGUCCUCAAUCUGCCGGCAUUGCUUGAAGGACGGUACCUGGAUAAUUUGAGUGAUGAUGUCAUUGAGGGGCUCUCAAAAUAUUACAAAAACUCUAUUCCAAACAUGGCUCGUCGAAUGAUCACACCUUAUGAUGAAGGCCCUGACAAAGCAUAUCUAGAAUUUUUGGCAUCACAGACAGCUGAAGAUGCAGAAAAUACCUUUGCUGGGCCAGCAUUAGAGACAAAGAAGAACAAGUCUAAAAGAAAGAGAAAUAGGACAAAAAGUUCAACUGAAGAGCAAGAGAAAGGUAUUGAAAGAGGCCCAAGAAGAGUUUCUGAGAGACAAAUGUCAAUUAGCUCAGAUAUAAGUAUCAAAUCAGAUGAGGAUUUAUCGAGUGUUCAGGAACUGUGUGUUGACUGUAGUGCAGAUGGAAAGUUAUCACCAAGAAGCCCUGUUAGCCUAUGGGGCGACAGUAAAGCACAGAUGAGCCCGAAUCUUAAGUCACCAGUCAGCCCAAAGCAGAUAGGGAACCAGAAGUCUGCUGCAAGCUUAGCACAGCAGCAUUCUGUAAACCUACGAUCACCAGCAGGAUCAGUGCAACAUCAGACUGCAGGCCAGUGGUCUCCAACAGUACCUGUACAAGAGCAGAAUAUCAACAACAGCGCUAGUGUAGGUAACAAAGGUCCAAGCCUGCGAGACAUCAUGCAAGAGGAACAAAGCAGGAUGUCUAUAGGGAAAUCGGGACAGAGUGGUCAGAAGUCUGGGAAGAUAUCAUGGAAGGAGGUUAAGAAGCAGCAACAGCAGAAAGUUGCAGCUCAGCACAACACCAGUAACAAUAAUACAGCUAAUGUUGGCAAGGAAGGUGAACAACAUACCACCCAGUCAGCUGGUGUCCACAGCAAAGCUACAGGAGCUUGUCCUUGGGCGUCUCUAAACAAGGUGGUGAGUUCGUUCAGAAACCUGAUGGUAGAAGAUCAGCAAGCCACUGCAGGAACCCCACAGCCAGUGAAGGUUCAACAGACGACAAAACCAAAAACAGCAGUCAGCAAAACUGAGCAAGCUAAACAUCUGUCACAGCACAGUAAUGUUGUUAGUUGGGGUCUUCCUCAGAGUAAGAAGACAUCUAAAAUAGCUGUAAGUGUUCCAACAAAGACGACGCCAACUGAAAGUGCCCCUCAAAAGAAUCCCUGGGGUGUAGAACCAGCAAGUCCCAGGUCCCCUGAUGGAUCAUGGGUGGCAUCAGCCCUGGCCCAGAGUCCACCAGAGGCUGUGUUCAAGUUUUCAGAUAUUGUCAAGGAUGAGCAACAGAAAACUGAUGUGUUAACAAAGACAACAAAUAAACCUCUACAUCUCAUACAGAUUGAAGAACAGGCUAUCCAAGACUUACUGAAGUUUUACAACGCAGAAGAAAAUGUAGAUGAACAUAUCACUGUAGAGCGUGUCAUGCAGGCCUCUGCUACACCAGUCUGGAAACGUGAUCGAGUGCAGUCUUCAUGAGCUUAGGAAGUAGUUCCAGUCUGGAAACUAGGUCAAGUGCAGUCUUCAUGAGCAAAGAAAAUAGUUCCAAGCCCAUGUCUGUCUAUGAGAUACAUUAGCAAACUUGACUAGCAUUUUAGAGAAAUAUAAUGUUACGGGAUAUUAAAAUUGAAUGAAGGACAUGUUGUUGGAUAUUAGAAUGGACAAACUUUGUGAACUUAUAUAAGGAUGAUGUAAUCAGAAAUGAAGUGUUUGGUUUGAGAAAGCUUGAUGUUUUUUGCAUGUGGAACAGUUAAAAUAUUUGUGAGUUAACAGCAGAUAAAGUGUGGUAAAUUUAACAAAUACAUUUCAUAAAAAAAUGGAUGAAAUAAGCAAAUUACAUUUGUCACCUCGAUGCAGAACUGGGGUAAGUGCCUUUGCCUGUCAGUGAAGUUACACACCUUUUCCAUUGAGCUGACAAUAUGUAGUGAAUGCAAUGUUUUAUAAAUAAUGUACAGUGAAAUUUGUGGGGGACAGAUUACUUGGAUUUUAUAAUUCAAUCCCAAUGAAACAUCAAAAUUCUCAUUCAUUUUUUGUUCAGAAGUUGAAAUCUGUGAAUUCAUAUCUCCUCAAAAUGGCUGAUUUAGUCAGAACCACACAAUUUUUGUUUUAACAAAAUUAACCUUUAACCUGCUGGCAGCAAAUGAUUUUGCCUCUGUGACCAGUGCAGACAAAGAUGGUCUGAUUCACUAUUCAGUCAGUAAAUUUUCAAUGAACACCCCUUUGAAUAAUAUAUAGUGCUGCCAAAAUUGAAUGAUGGACCAGUCCAUUUUGAAGACUUAGGAGGAUACAGGUUAAAUGAUUUCACAGUAUGCAAAUGUUUACGAAUGCAUUUCAGUUAAGUAUUAAUGCUGAUUAUUAGCUACCAUUGUAGUUUCACAUCAUCAACAGUAGUUCAGCAUCGAGACAAAGACAUGGCGGCUUGUACAUUACAUUAUUAUAAGACAAAAAAAUAAAGAAAUCAAAAUUAUUCUUUACUGCAGACUCUUGCCUUCUUAUUUUUAGCUCACCUGAGCAAUGCUCAGGUGAGUUUUUCUGAUCGCUCGAUGUCCGUCGUCUGUCGUCCGUCGUCUGUCAACAUUUAGCUUGUGUAUGCGAUAGAGGCUGUAUUUUUCAAUUAAUCUUUAUGAAUAUUGGUCAGAAUGAUAACCUUGAUGAAAUCUAGGCCGAGUUCGAAAAUGUGUCAUCUCGGGUCAAAAACUAGGUCACUAGGUCAAAUCAAAGAAAAACCUUGUGUAUGCGAUAGAGGCUGUAUUUUUCAUUUAAUCUUCAUGAAUAUUGGUCAGAAUGAUAACUUUGAUGAAAUCUAGGCCAAGUUCGAAAAUGGGUCAUCUCGGGUCAAAAACUAGGUCACUAGGUCAAAUCAAAGAAAAACCUUGUGUAUGCGAUAGAGGUGGUAUUUUUCAAUUAAUCUUCAUGAAUAUUGGUCAGAAUGAUAACCUUGAUGAAAUCUAGGCCGAGUUCGAAAAUGGGUCAUCUCGGGUCAAAAACUAGGUCACUAGGUCAAAUCAAAUAAAAACCUUGUGUAUGCGAUAGAGGCUGUAUUUUUCAAAUCUUCUUCAUGAAUAUUGGUCAGAAUGAUAACCUUGAUGAAAUCUAGGCCGAGUUCGAAAAUGGGUCAUCUCGGGUCAAAAACUAGGUCACUAGGUCAAAUCAAAGAAAAACCUUGUGUAUGCGAUAGAGGCUGUAUUUUUCAAUUGAUCUUCAUGAAUUUUGGUCAGAAUGAUUGCCUUGAUGAAAUCUAGGCCGAGUUCGAAAAUGGGUCAUCUCUGGUCAAAAACUAGGUCACUAGGUCAAAUCAAAGAAAAACAUUGUGUAUGCGAUAGAGGCGGUAUUUUUCAAUUGAUCUUCAUGAAUUUUGGUCAGAAUGAUUAACUUGAUGAAAUCUAGGCAGAGUUCGAAAAUGGGUCAUCUGGGGUCAAAAACUAGGUCAUAUCACGUAAAAACCUUGUGUAUGCGAUAGAGGCUGUAUUUUUCAAUUGAUCUUCAUGAAUUUCGGUCAAAAUGAUUGCCUUGAUGAAAUUUAGACCAAUUUCGAAAAUGGGUCAUCUGGGGUCAAAAACUAGGUCACUAGGUCAAAUCAAAGAAAAACCUUGUGUAUGAAAUAGAGGCUGUAUUUUUCAACUGAUCUUCAUGAAAUUUAGCCAGAAUGAUUACCUUGAUAAAAUCUAGGCUGAUUUCGAAAAUGGGUCAUCUCGGGUCAAAAACUAGGUCACUAGGUCAAAUCAAAGAAAAACCUUGUGUAUGCGAUAGAGGUGGUAUUUUUCAAUUAAUCUUCAUGAAUAUUGGUCAGAAUGAUAAACUUGAUGAAAUCUAGGCCGAGUUCGAAAAUGGGUCAUCUCGGGUCAAAAACUAGGUCACUAGGUCAAAUCAAAGAAAAACCUUGUGUAUGCGAUAGAGGCUGUAUUUUUCAAAUCUUCUUCAUGAAUAUUGGUCAGAAUGAUAACCUUGAUGAAAUCUAGGCCGAGUUCGAAAAUGGGUCAUCUCGGGUCAAAAACUAGGUCACUAGGUCAAAUCAAAGAAAAACCUUGUGUAUGCGAUAGAGGCUGUAUUUUUCAAUUGAUCUUCAUGAAUUUUGGUCAGAAUGAUUGCCUUGAUGAAAUCUAGGCCGAGUUCGAAAAUGGGUCAUCUCGGGUCAAAAACUAGGUCACUAGGUCAAAUCAAAGAAAAACCUUGUGUAUGCGAUAGAGGCGGUAUUUUUCAAUUGAUCUUCAUGAAUUUUGGUCAGAAUGAUUAACUUGAUGAAAUCUAGGCAGAGUUCGAAAAUGGGUCAUCUGGGGUCAAAAACUAGGUCACUAGGUCAUAUCACGUAAAAACCUUGUGUAUGCGAUAGAGGCUGUAUUUUUCAAUUGAUCUUCAUGAAUUUUGGUCAAAAUGAUUGCCUUGAUGAAACUUAGACCAAUUUCGAAAAUGGGUCAUCUGGGGUCAAAAACUAGGUCACUAGGUCAAAUCAAAGAAAAACCUUGUGUAUGAAAUAGAGGCUGUAUUUUUCAACUGAUCUUCAUGAAAUUUAGCCAGAAUGAUUACCUUGAUAAAAUCUAGGCUGAUUUCGAAAAUGGGUCAUCUGGGGUCAAAAACUAGGUCACUAGGUCAAAUCGAAGAAAAACAUUGUGUAUGCAAUAGAGGAUGUAUUUUUCAAUUGAUCUUCAUGAAAUUUGGGCAGAGUGAUUGCCUUGAUGAAAACUAGGUCGGUUUUGAAUAUGGGUUGUCUGAGGUCAAAAACUAGGUCACUAGGUCAAAGUAAAGAAAAAUCUUGUGUAUGCGAUAGAGACUGUUUUUUUCAGUUGAUAUUUAUGAAAUUUGGUCAGGUUGAUUGCCUUAAUGAAAUCUAGGUCGAAUUUGAAUAUGGGUCAUCUGAGGUCAAAAACUAGGUCACUUGGUCAAAUCAAAGAAAAAACUUCUGUAUGUGAUAGAGGCUGUAUUUUUCAGUUGAUCUUCAUGAAUUUUGGUCAGAAUGAUUGCCUUGAUAAAAUCUAGGUCGAGUUUGAACAUGGGUCAUCUAGGGUCAAAAACUAGGUCAUAUCUAAGAAAAUGCUUGUUUUAUCGCAAGAGACCAAUUUUUUGGUCCAAUCUUAAUGAAAAUUGGUCAGAAUAUUUGUUUCCAUGAAAUCACUAGGUCAAACAUGUUUUACACUGUUAUGGAGUGUUUCUUAGGUGAGCGACCUAGGGCCAUCUUGGCCCUCUUGUUCAUAUAUAUAUAUCUAUGAAUAUUAGUUGGUAAAGUAUUGGUGCUACAUUCUUUAGAGAAACUUAAACCAAUUACAAAUAAAUACAAAUAUUACCAUGAUAUUUUUUGACAUUGAUGUUUGUUACAAUACAAAAGACAUAAGCAUUUUAAUUUUUGACUUUUUUUGUUUUACGUUUUACUAAAUCUUUUGCUUUACCUUUACUGAAGUAAAUCUGUAUUUAAGUAUGGAUAGUUUCCAAAUGAUAAACAGGACAAGUGUAAUAAGUGAUCAAUUUUUACAAUUUAAUAUCAUCAUGUUUUCUUUGUAUUGUGAUACAUUUCUGUUAUAAGUGUGAAGCUUCUAUAAGUGCUACAUGUGAUUAAGUGCUUCCGAUACCUUUGUAUGCAACAGAGAGAUAUCCUAAAUCUGUGAAGAUUCUGUAAGUGCUACAUGUGAUUAAAUGCUUCCGAUACCUUUGUAUGCAACAGAGAGAUAUCCUAAAUCUGUUUGCCCACUCUGUGAGCCCAGUACUGAUGAAAUGGACAUUGUAGAUUCAAGUCCUUGGAAAAGAGUUUGUUCUUCCUGACAAUUCACUGAAAACAUUGUUUAUUAGGUCAUUGGUCAGUGUUUCUAAGGUUAACAGUCAGCAUGUCUAUGAUCGUUGGUCAUUGUAGCUUUAGCCAUUGGUCAGUGUGUGUCUUAGAUCAUCUGUCAGUAUUUCUAAGAUCAUUGGUCAGUGAUUCUAUGGUCAUCUGUCAGCGAGUCCAAGGUUAUUAUUCAGUGUUUUUAAGGUUAUCAGUUAGUGUGUCCAAGAUCAUCGGUCUUCCUUCACUGAUCCACGUGGGAAAAUUAUUUACCUACUUCAUCUUGUUAUAAACAGGUUGAUACUGGCGAAGAAUACAAGAACACUAGUAAGUUUAAUUGGCCAUUGGAUAUAUAACUAAAUGUAAUAAAACAAAGAAACCUGAGUAAAUACUUAUAAAAAGUUAAAAAGUACAAGAAAUGUUUAAAAUUGAUGUUAACUUGUGUCUUUGUUAACAUAUACUAAUUUUCAAUAUCUGAAAUAUUAUUCUAACAAUUUGUAACCUUUUUCGUUUUUUUAAUACCUUGUGUUUCAUGAUGUGCCAAAGAAAAUGUAAUCGUGUCAGUAUUAAAUUCAAAUACGAUAGAGUGCUGUACGUAGUUUAUAGACUGUUUGUUUGAAAUGAUGAAGUCCCAUACAUUAUCUGUUUGAUAUUUAUUAAGAAUCACCCAUUUAGCUGUUUUUCAUCCGUUGUCACUUGCAUUUACCAUAAGACAUACUUUAACAUUUGAACUGGUUUUUGGGACUGUGCAUUUUGUAAGGUGUAAGGAUCUAUUUUUGUUUGUGAUAUAAACAUUUUUGGUGGCUUCAAGGUCAAGCUGACUUGAGAUACAGUAAAUAUUCUGAUUAUUGCCCAUGCUCUAAGCAGUGCCAAUCCCCAAUAUUUCAACAACAAAAAAAUCAACAUGUUUUCACUUAGUGUUAAAUCCUGACCUUUGACUUUAAGUAAAAUCUGCAGGUCUUUCCUGUUUUCAUUUUAACAUAGAUCAAUCUUUUUCUUUAUACAUCCAAUAGCUGCAUUUGGUAUUUCACCCCACCCCUUUCACAAAAUACUUUUAAAUGACAUGUGCAGCUUCCUGUUUACAGUUGCCUUCUUGUCAGAGAUAUUUUCAUCCUUAAAUGACUUGCUAGAGACUUAGAAAGGCUGCAACAUGUCUGUAAUAUCACCUAUCUCAACUUUUUACCCAACAUAUAGUUUAAAUGAAAGCAUGUGCAAUAAUUUGCAUAUUUAAGGUAGAUAUACAAAAUAACAGGUUUGUUUGUAAAUUAAUAGAAAAUAUUGAGUAAAAAGUGAGGUCUAUGUUUUGGUGACUUUUGAUUUGUGGCAAGACAGCCAUGAUUCAUUUUGUUGAAAAAUUCCUACAUUCCAUGAUGGAGAGUGUAUUACAGCAUUCUCAUACAUAGGACAAUUCUGGUUUAGGUAUUUUCAUUUUAUGAUCUACUUUCAAGGUAUUGCUUUGUUGAUCGAUUGACUGUUGUGUCAGGUCAAAGGUCACAGACACAGUGACAUUGAGACUAAAAACUGUUUCUUCUAAUGCUCUAGCUUUCAUUUGUCAAACUUCAUAGAUGACUGCCUGUGGUCAGUAGAUGAAAUUUGUUUUGAGGGUCAAAGGUCGAGUCAUAGUAACAUCACAACUGAAAACUGUGAUAACUAAAGGUCUUGGCAGUAAGUCUUCAUACAUGUUUGCAAGUAGUCAGUAGAUGACCCAAAUUGUUUCUAGGAUCAGUAGGUCAAGGUCACAGUGACCUCUUAGACUGGUAACAGUUUCUGCUAAAUAUUAUUAGAAUGCUUUUGCUGUCAGUCUUCUUUUGGUUAAAGGUCAAGUUCAAAGUAUACAAAAUUAUUUACUCACUUGCCUCCGACAGGUCAUGACUUAGGGAUGCAGGUGUUUUUCAAAAAUCUUUUUUCGGUAUCACCUUGACCAUGGGUCUGAUAACCCAAAAGGCAUCUGUUGACCACAGGCAAUUAUCCUAUGAAAUUUGAAGGUCAUAUGUAGGUGGUCAAAGGUUAAGGUCACAGUGACAUUGAAGUACAAGACAGUACAAGAUCAAAAGCUGAAGACACCUUGGCCUCAGUCUAUCACACAUAGUAUGGCAAUUUUAGAUAUUGGUGUUAGUUCACAAUGUGUAUGUUACAGCAACUUUUAUUAAUUACAGGUUUUUAAAAGGUUCAGAAGUUUGUUCGCUGGUAUAUAUUACAACUGUAUAGUUUAAAAUUGCCAUCAAGCUUUAGUAUUAUUUUUUUCUUCAUCUGCGAACGAUGCUGUCACAUUUGUUGAGAGCUUGGGGAGAUUUAUCAUGCAAUGACCACCUUCUAAUUGAAGCUCCGUGCCAUCACUGCCAAAUUGUAGGGUAAUGUUUUCUCCACUAAUAAUUGUUCAAUAAAGUGUUACCAAAAUAG